AUGAACAAUAUUUCAGAAGCAAACAGGGCCGAAACCGCCUUUUUUGAAGGUAUGCACCUCGUCUCGCCACCUUCCCCUUCCCCACCGCUCCCAGGUCUCAUUGCAAAUGAGAUGAGAACUCCCCCCUCCUCUGAUGAUGAGACGGGAGAUGGUCUUUUUGAUCUGUGGUGCUGGUCUGAGCCCCAUGACCAAGACCAGCUCGUCCAGAUUAGAAGAGGAGAUCAGGAGGAUCUGGAGAUGUUGGAAGCUGUUGAGCGUGACAGUCAGAGCGAAGAUGAUGUCCGCUUCCGAUUUGAGAUCGAUAAGUACGCGUUUCGCGCAAUGAUCUUCGCCGAUCAACAAGGAUGGUACGGACCUCCUCCAAUCGUUCUUUCUUUGCCGGCCCGAUUAGACCUGUAUUCUCAGGGCCUGCUCUCUCCUGCCGAAGAGGAAGACCUCUUUAGGUCAAUCGGCAUCACUGAAGCGGAAGCGUCAGCUGCCUUUUCUUCCUUCUCUGCUCUUGCCCCCGUCCCUCCCCCUCCCCCUCCUCUCCUCCCAGCCUCCGCUCCGGUCGAGGCAGGAGCCCCAUUCUGGUCGAUUCCGGCCGUGGCGGGACCCUCGUCGUCCCCCAUCUGUUCGUCCGCCCCUUCUCCUCCUCCCCCUCCCCCUCCCCCCGACACCGAGACGAGGGAUGAGCCCCCUGCCAAGAGGCGAAGGGGCAGGCCCAAGAUCGUUCGACCUUCUCCUCCUUCCCUCUGCCAAGGCAGCCGAGGAAUACUCUUUUUCGUUGGCGAGGUGGCUCCCAACGCCACGGACAAGGAGAGUCGGCGUCGGAGGGGGUUCACGGUGCGAGAUGACGCACCAAGGAAGAACGGUGGAGGAGUCGGAAAGAGGGAGAGGGAAUAG